CUCCCGUCCAUUGUUCUCGGUGCCCCUCGGGCUCGAGCCGCGGUGGAUCCGGAGGGGUCGUGUUGUGCCCGGGGGCGCUUUUGCGUGCGGAGUGGCUGCGGAAGCCCGAUCUGGUCUCCCGAGAGCCAGACAGCUUGUUGAAAUUUGAGGACGGAGGUGUCUUCUCAGACGAGCCUGGCUCUAGAAGACUGACGUUCAAGGCUCGAAGCCUGCGGGAUUGCCUCGGGAAGGUGGAUGAUGGCUGCAGAGGGGCCGAGAGUAAGCACUCCCUUGAGCCCCUUGGUCCAGGCGCCUCAUGAGGAAGACGAACAGGAGGAGGUCACCACCAUGAUCCUGGAGGACGACUCUUGGGUGCAGGAAGCUGUACUUCAGGAGGAUGGCCCUGAGUCCGAGAGCGCCGGCAAGGGCAGCCCCCACGGGGAGGCUGCUGGAGGGCCUCAGGGUGCGCUUGGCCGCCUUCGGGAGCUCUGUCGGCGCUGGCUGAGGCCGGAGGUGCACACCAAGGAACAGAUGCUGACGGUGCUCCCCAGAGAAAUCCAGGCCUGGCUGCAAGAGCACCGGCCCGAAAGUGGCGAGGAGGCCGUGGCCCUGGUGGAGGACCUGACGCAGACCCUUCGGGACGGUGAUUUUGAGAUCCAGAGCGAGGAUGGGGAGAACUCCAAUCAAGAUAUGUUCGAGGACGCGGAAUCACGGCAGAUGUUGCCGGAGAGGCCCGACGGGGCGGGCACUCAGCGGCCUGGCUGGGAAAGCGACUUGGAGAGAGACCGUGGCCCCGGGGGGCGCCGGGGAGGGGCCCCGGCCGGGGGCCGCAGGGAGGUGGCGGCCCAGGGCCGGGAGGUGGGACGGCUCAUCGGCCUUCAGGGCACCUACCUGGGGGAGAAGCCCUACGAGUGUCCGCAGUGUGGGAAGACCUUCAGCCGGAAGUCCCACCUGAUCACGCACGAGCGGACCCACACGGGGGAGAAGUACUACAAGUGCGGCGAGUGCGGGAAGAGCUUCAGCGACGGCUCCAACUUCAGCAGACACCAGACCACGCACACGGGGGAGAAGCCUUACAAAUGCAGGGACUGCGGGAGGAGCUUCAGCCGGAGCGCCAACCUCAUAACCCACCAGAGGAUCCACACGGGGGAGAAGCCCUUCCAGUGCGCCGAGUGCGGCAAGAGCUUCAGCAGGAGCCCCAACCUCAUCGCCCACCAGCGGACCCACACGGGGGAGAAGCCCUACUCGUGCCCCGAGUGCGGGAAGAGCUUCGGCAACCGCUCGAGCCUUAACACGCACCAGGGCAUCCACACCGGCGAGAAGCCGUACGCGUGCAAGGAGUGCGGGGAGAGCUUCAGCUACAACUCCAACCUGAUCCGGCACCAGCGGAUCCACACGGGCGAGAAGCCCUACCGGUGCCCCGACUGCGGGCAGAGGUUCAGCCAGAGCUCGGCGCUCAUCACGCACCGCAGGACGCACACCGGCGAGAAGCCCUACCGGUGCGGCGAGUGCGGCAAGAGCUUCAGCCGCAGCUCCAACCUGGCCACGCACCGCAGGACGCACCUGCCGGAGAAGCCCUACAAGUGCGGCGAGUGCGGCAAGAGCUUCAGCCAGAGCUCCAGCCUCAUCGCGCACCAGGGCACGCACACGGGCGAGAAGCCCUACGAGUGCCUGACGUGCGGGGAGAGCUUCAGCUGGAGCUCCAACCUCGUCAAGCACCAGCGCAUCCACACGGGCGAGAAGCCGCACCGCUGCGGCGACUGCGGCAAGAGCUUCGGCCAGCGCUCCCAGCUGGCGGCGCACCGACGGACGCACACCGGCGAGAGGCCCUACCGGUGCGUCCUGUGCGGCAAGAGCUUCAGCCGCGGCUCCGUCCUCGUCAUGCACCAGCGAGCCCACCUGGGCGACAAGCCGUACCGCUGCCCCGAGUGCGGGAAGGGCUUCAGCUGGAACUCGGUGCUCAUCGUCCACCAGCGCACCCACACCGGGGAGAAGCCCUACAAGUGUGGCCGUUGUGGGAAAAGCUUUGGCCGAAGCUCACACCUGGUCUGCCACCAGAGAACCCACACCGGGGAGAAGCCCUACAAAUGCCCCGAAUGUGGGAAAGGCUUCAGUGAUCAUUCUAACCUCACAGCACACCAGAGAAUCCACACUGGAGAAAAGCCCUAUAAAUGUGGAGAGUGCUGGAAAAGCUUCAACCAGAGCUCCAGCCUCCUGAUGCACCAGAGAGUCCACACAGGAGAGAAACCCCACAAGUGCAGUGAGUGUGGAAAGAGUUUCACCAAUAGCUCGCACUUCAGUGCGCACUGGCGAACGCACACUGGUGAAAAGCCCUACCAGUGCCCUGAGUGCGGGAAGAAGUUCAGUAAGAGUUCCACGCUCACCAGCCACCAGAGGAUCCACACAGGAGAGAAGCCCUAUGAGUGUCUCGAGUGUGGCAAAAGUUUCAGUGACCGCUCAAACCUCAUUACCCACCGGCGAAUUCACACUGGAGAGAGGCCCUACAGGUGUGGCGAAUGUGGGAAGAGCUUUAAUCAGAGCUCAAGUCUCAUCAUACACCAGAGGACCCACACGGGAGAGAAGCCCUACGAAUGCGGUGCCUGUGGGAGGCGAUUUAACAACAGUUCGCAUUUUAGUGCGCAUCGGAGAACCCAUGUGGGCGAGAGGCUCUAAAUGUCUUUAAGAAGCAUCAAAUCUAGAAGCACCACAGAAUCUGUUCUAAGAAAGGUCUGUAUGGUCCUUGAUUCUAUACCACGACCCCCACAGGAGAUGGGAGACCAGGGAUUUAGGUCCCAGUUCGGUAGAGGUCAUUGUGUUUCUCUCACUGAAAACUCAGCUGGCUUACGGAACACUACUCAGGGCUUGCUUAUCCGCGCUAUUGAAAUGGAAGCUAAUUUCCAGAGAAUUCAGAGACUCAUUCUGAAUUGGACUGUACCACCGUCACGAUAGGUCUCCAUUAGGAUUCUGUGCCUUAACUUCCACAGCUUGGUAAUAUGAGGGUGAGACUCUUGUCCCCAAGACCCCCCCUUCAAGGACAGAGGAGGUCCGCCCCGCGGUGCUCAUGGCAUUAACGGUGGCCGGCUCCGCCACAGGGCCGGUAGUGGCUGAGCUCUUUCUUCUCAGCACUGGGCAGCUAGACGGGGAUUUAUUAACUGAGCACAUUUUUCAAGGUCUUCCACGGUUCUCCCCGUGGAGGGUGGGGCCCGCGAACCGUCUCCAUUUCUCUACGUGCUUCUUACCCAAGAGGAGAGCACUCUGUCGUGUCAUUUGGAGGAGGAAAGGUCAGUGCUCCAGGUUGGCUUUCUAAACCAUGACCUACUCUUCCUCUCGACAUGUUAGGUUGAGCCAUAGGAGACCGGCAUCUUUGAGGUAUAGAACCAGCAAUUAAUAGGACUCGACCUAAGCAGACGUCUCACAGGGUAGAACCGCUCCAAAUUGCCAGCAGUGCUGCCGGCGAGCCCUACGGCCCAUGCGGUGCCCUAAAAAUAUAACACUGUGUCUAGGAGAUCACGAACAGGAUGAUGAAAUGGGGAAAGCCUUUUCCGUUUGCAAGUACGUCCGGAGCAACGACCACUAACCUUGGCAGCGGUAAGGAGGCCGGGUUGGAGGAGCCGCUGCUCCAUCCCCGGCCUCAGGGGAGGCCGCGUGCAGGCGCACAGGUCCUGGAGAUCUGGGGUGUCUCUGAGUGAGCAGAGCACAGCCCCUGGAGGGACUCUGACACACGCAGCAAAUGGUGCUUAGAAAGAAAUGGAAUACGGUUUCUUGCUCUUAGUUUCUCCUUCGUGCAUUUGGCUUGAAAAUAUUUUCCCCCAGCCUUCCAGAAACCCACCAGUUAUAAAACAAAGCACAGUCUACACAUGUCACGGUUUCAUAUCGUUAGAUUUAUAGAAUACGAUUAAGUAAGGAGUCUUUUCUAACGAAUGUAAAAGAACCUAUUCAAGUAAGUGUUGUCCGUCAAAAGCAGCCGUUCUGACGGGCUGUGAACUCCGUUUGUUGUUGCCAUUACUGAAAACAUUGAGUUUUCCUCUGAGAAUUGUCUUCAGACCACCUUAGAAGGCCUCCUAUCGAUGUAGUUCUAGCACAGAGUAGUGUCCGGCAUGGAAGAAAGGCUUAAUAAACACUGGCAGAACGAAUAGCGUGUUUAUUAUCUGGCCCGGUCACCUCUCUUAUCUGUGAGACUUGUCUCUGCCCAGUAUCUGCUAUCUGGAACCAGAAGUCCUUCGAAGGAUGUCAGUUUGCUGCCACUGAGGACACUUCGGAGAGCCUGUUUUUGGAGAUCGUUUUCAAAGAGGUAUCCCAGAAAUCUGAGUUCAGAAUUUUUUUUAUACGGCCAGGAAAUAAAUCUGAUAAUGUAUUCUUUUAAAUCAUUUUACUCUUUUGAAUGAGAAAAUCUUUACUUGGGUGGAAAUUCACGAUACUAAAAUUAACAUAGCUGUGCGUUAUAAAAAGAGUUUGGAAAUAACCACAUUCCCUUUUGGAAACUUCUGGAAUGGAACACGGAGAUUCAGAUGUAAUAUCCAUUACCAUGCCAUCUCACGUGUAUUUUCCCCUUAGCAAAGCAAGGGGAAAACUGAGCUGGAGACUGUAGAUAUUUCAUAUGGAUUUUACAGUCCGUGAAGCACUGGGACACGUGAGAUGGCUCUCCUAAGUGUUGUUGGCAUAGUUCUCAGUGGAAGACUAGAGCACUGAGUCUCACCAGUUGACUAUCACGUGGAGAGGUUUCCCAGUGAACCCAACGUAAUAUGUACUUUUUACAGUGCCUGGAUUUUGAUUUGAAACUAGUUAUCCAUUCCCUUGCUCCAGAGUGUUCUGAUUUGCCUUUUCGCCUACCUCGGGACGCGGCAUGAGCAAAGCUCUGGGGGCUUUAGUUUUUAGCUCACCUCCAGCUCCAGCUCAUAAUCACGGCUUCAGAGUUUCUGAACCAGGCAAGCAGGGUGGCUUUUGGAAGCUGUUCACUUGGAAAUCCCCUCAAGAGAAAAAUAAUGAAGUGAUAGCGGGAAAUGCAUGAAAUUCACCUCUAUUAUAAAAGUUGCAAUAGAUGACAAUCAGAUUAUGCAUUGCAAAAUUUUAACUGAAGAGGUGCAUAGCAGAAAUACCGGUUCUUAUUCUCACGCACAGAGAGCAAGAAACACAGGAGUUGGGUUUCGGGGCACUAAUCCUAGUAGCCGAAGCUGAUGCAAGUAUAUUAACCCAUUAAAUAAGCGAAUUCCAAGC